GGGUUUGGCUUUGAUCUUACUGUAAAUCUACAAGUGUAAACUUCAAGUAAAGAAUGGGUAAUUGAGAUUGAUUAGUUCCGCCGAUCUUGGAGAUUUUAUGUUUUUGCAACUAUUAAUAUGUCUUACCUAGGUACCAACUAAUUGUAGAAGCAGACUAUAAGUACUGCAAUGCAACAUCCUCCAUGUUUUGGCAAGAUUGGUCGUUCUCUAUAUCUUCAUUCUUCAAAGACCAUAGUCACCACAGCCCUCUAGCUUCUGCACUUUGCAAAAGGAAACCACAAUCAUGGUACUAUUCAUCAAAACUGUCGUCUUCUAUCUUGCUACGAUAGCCCUCUCCGUCUCAGCUAGCGUUAAUCUCGACGUUCAAUCUCUCGCUGUGGAUGUAAGGAGUGUCGACGAAGAGGUUUCUUACUAUGAUGGCUCUAUUGGUAGCUACACUCUCAUAGACGCCGGCUUUACUACAGUUCACAACGGAACUCAAAAAGCAAUCGCCGAUACCAUUGUCCUGGUCCCAUCUGGACCAUCCGAGUUGCACGAAAUUGUGCAGCUGAUAAGUCAAAGCUUACGUCUUUAUAUCGUCCGACUGACGGAGGACUUGAAACCGAAGAAAGCAGACUUUGCGUCGAAUAAUCUUUUGUGGACCGUAAUCGCGAGAUUGGAAGUGAUGAAGAAUGAUUUCCAAACUUUCGAAAAAGCCUUGAGUGAGAAACCGUCUGAUGAGGAGUCACUGCCACGUAUGAUUGAAGCCGCUUUCGAUAGUAUUAAUAGUGCUGUGAUCGCUGCUAUUGAUUUUCUUGCUAAUUAAAUAUUAUCACGGCGCAAGGACAAGUCCUGAUAUAAUAUAUGAUCUUCCACAAAGAGGAAAGGAGGAGAUCGUGGCCAUUAAUAGAAACCCAAAUCCGUUAAGGAAAAACAUUACCAAACUCAAUAAUAUUCCAAUAAAAAACACAAACCCAUCUAAUCUCAAUAAGGCUGAAUCCCCAACUCCGCCUCUGGUGACCAAACCUAUCACAUUACCCAGCAUAUAAGACACGAUCUACAAAAUAUGAAACAUAUCA